UUGAGACAAGAGCACACAACCAAACCAUCAAGGCUUGAACGGACCCUGAUCAAGGGAAGACUGUCCGGACGUCCAGAACGCAAAUACCUUGUAGUCUACACUGCUGUGUAGGCUACACAAAGAACCCCUUUUCAUCAGAGCAUUUCAUCGUGUGCCAGAGAAAGAGAUCUAAUCUAAACCAAUCGAAUCUAAAUAUUGGUUUGAGUGUGCCGUGGCCAUGUACGAUGGGGCGCGGGUGCCUUCCCCUCAGGACGCCAACGGCUUCCCUCAGCAGCCGGGGGUCUCGGCGGUGCGGCCCAAGUCCGACGCGGAGCCCGAGAAUGAGGAGGAUGGGUCAGCGGUGGGAGUGGCGGCGGCGGCGGGGGCGCGGACAGCGGAGCCCGUGCUGGUGAAGCAGGCCCACCGCGAGAUCCUGGACCACGAGCGCAAGCGGCGGGUGGAGCUGAAAUGCAUGGAGCUGCAGGAGAUGAUGGAGGAGCAAGGGUACUCAGAGGAGGAGGUCAGGCAGAAGGUGGGCACCUUCCGGCAGAUGCUGAUGGAGAAGGAGGGGGUGAUCACCAGAGAAGGCUCCCACGCACAGCCACCGGUGGGUCUUCUCCCUCACAGUGACGAGGAGCACCUGGGCGACACAGCGCUCGCCGAUGGCUACGAGGAGUGUGACUGGCAUGGCGACUACUACGACGGAGACUACAGAACCAAGAGGAAGUCGAGUAGCUCGCCCUCUCCGCGACCAAAGAAGAGAAAGAAGAAGAAAUCGGGGAGAAAGAGAAGCCGAGAGAAGAGGAAGAAGAGCAGCAGGAAGCACAAAAGAGACAGGUCUACGUCUGGCUCCAAGAGGAAGCGGCGAUACAGAUCUGGAAGCCCAAAGAACAAACACAAAGACAAGAACAAACAAAGAAAGAGGUCACCCGCGGAUUCGCCCAGCAGGAGGUCCCACCGGAGAGGAAGCUGCAGCUCUCGCAGCGCUUCCCUCUCCUCCACAGGGAGCUUCGUCAAGUCCCCCUCCAGGCUGAGUGUGAAGCAGCGGACAGGUGGCCACCGGUCCAGUCGCAGCCCCAGCCCGCCCGUGACCGCUGAGAACCCCACCACAUGGCAGAACGGCCAUCACAGCGACCGCGCCCGCAAUGGCAAGGAGCACGUCUACAACCAUGUGGACGGAGAAAAGGUGCAAGAUAAGCUCCGAGCACUGGCCUCCUGCUCUCCGAGCCUGCAGAUCUGUCCGUCGCCCCAGCUGAAGGAGGCCCGGCUCCAGGGUACCCCGGGUAAGAGUCCCGGAGGGGCGCCAGCCCAGCACCACCACCACCAUCACCACCACCACCACCACCAUCAAGGGGCGGCAGGGGACGCCCCUCACGGGGACGACAAGCAGCCGGACUCGGGCAGGCCAACUGCGGGGUCGUCACGGAGACGCAGGGGCCGCCAUCGAGGUCAGAGAAAGGCCUCCCAUUCGCCAGGCCACAGCUCUGACUCCGCCCACUCGCAGCACAACCCGCCCACCAAAGGCAAAAGCUCCCAUCAGAAGAACUUGCAUUCACUGACGAAAGGAGCUCAUUCGUCCAAGCGACAGCACCGCGAGCGGGCUCACCGCAGCUCGUCAGCGUCCCCGUCGCGGCACCGGCACGGGUCCGGCCACAAGAAGAGCAAGUCACGCAGCGGCCUCCGCCAGCGCAGCAGCUCCUGGAGCAGCCGGCACUCGUCGUCCCCGUCCAACUCCCGCGAGCGCACCACCAGCAAGGCCUCGCCACACGCCCGCCAGAACACCUCCAGGGACCGAGACGGCGCACACCACUCAGACGCAGAGAGCCGAGCACACAGGCGCUCCCGGAGCUACUCGCCCAUACGCAAGAGGAGGAGAGACUCACCCAGCUUCAUGGAGGCCAGGAGAAUCACCAGCGCUCGUAAGCGGCCCAUCCCGUACUACCGGCCCAGCCCGUCCUCCUCCAGCUCUGGGAGCAGCCACAGCAGCUACAGUCGGAGUCGCAGCCGCAGCUACGACAGCUACAGCAGCUACAGCCGCAGCCGGAGUCACAGCCGCAGUCGCUCCCGCAGUCGCUCCCGCAGCCCCAGCCAGCCCCACAGCUACUACAGCCGCAGCAGCUAUGGCAGCCCUGGCUUCUGACCAGCCGUGGACAGAGAGAGAGAGAGAGAGAGAGAGAGAGAGAGAGAGAGAUGGCGAGAUGACCUUUUAAAAGCCACUUUAGAGUGACAUGACAAAGGGCUAAGAGAGAGUGGACAUCAAGAUGGGUGGGGGGGGGGGGGGGGGGGGGCUGUGUACUUCAUUUAUGCCCUGUAGGGUUUUUUUUUUUUUUUCUUCAGUUUUUUCAUUCAUAGCAACACCAAGCUAAGGACCCAGUUAGGAGGACAUCUUGUCCAUUCACAUUUUGUCCAUUCUUUCAUUUAGAGAACCACAGCCCUUUUACUGACCAGACACUCCAAUUGUCCAAAGGACUUUCCCCAUGAGGCCCAUAGGCCUGAGGAGCGCAGUCUGGGGUGAAAGACAGAAUGUCUAGAGAGAAGCUGCACAGAAGCUUCAAAAUCAGACACGAGUCCUCAUCAUUCUCACUUCAUUUCAGCACAUAGCUGGACUGGGUCAAAGGGUUGUUAUUAGACCAACAGUCUUACCACGAGGCCCUGUACAUCCCCUAACCAAACGGAUACAUAACAGGGACGUCUGUCCAAUUCUGCGUCUCUAUUUGGUCUAGUAAUCAAAUAAAUUAAUGUUGAAUCAGCGAAGACGCGAAAUCACCAAAUUGUUUUAUUUUCAGUUUGUCUUUUUUUCCUUACCUUGUGGUGAAGUGAUGGCCUGGGAUAAGGACAGGCUCUCAACAGCAGCAGCAUAUCCGAGUACUGAAGGAAAAUCACUACAGACUGCAAUCUGAAAACUGAUGGAUUUUUAUUUUACAUAUGGACACAUCCACGUGAAGUAUUGACUUGUCAGUCGCUUUGUAUAGUAUGCAACACAUGCACACACGAUGUGAUCGGACUGUCUUCUGAGACUUUUUUUUAUUGCUGCAGAACAAAAAAAAUAUAAAAGUGCAUUCCUUCAAAUUCUUCCUCAUAGGAAUGGGCUUUCCUGCUAGAUUCUGUGGGAAAUGAAAAGUUGCAGAAACAUCUUGAGAAGUCACAGAAGAAUGACAAGAGAUUUGAAAAAAAAAAAAAAAAAGUAUUGCCCCAAAGACUGUUCAGCUAUCAAAUAUCUUCAUGAUGAACAAAAAAGCAAGAACAAGUAGAUUUAGAUGACUGAUUAUUUACUGCAACCUUUGACUGUUUUUAUUUGUUUUGUUUUGUUAUUAUUUUGUAUGAGAUGUACCAUAUAUUAUGUAAGGGUGUCUGGUUUUGAGAACUAAACUGCAAGUUCAGGCUGUAAACUAUGCACUGUAUAUCCAAUGUUAUUGAUUAUGAGGCUUUCUGUGUGUGUGUGUGUGUGUGUGUGUGUGUGUGUGUGUGUGUGUGUGUGUGUGUGUGUG